AAGUGAUAUAAAACUUGUUUUGUCAGCAUGGCCACGAACAUGGAGGUCCAGCUUUUAGAGAAACUGCGGGCAUUUUUCGAAGAUGGUUUUGGAAACCCCAAUUCGCUAAUCACGGAUCUCGGAGAGGUUGUUCAGAUGUCAUCUUUGAUGAUGACAAACGACAACAUGUGGAUUUAUUGCGUAAAUUUGUCUGAAGAUGAACAAUUGUGGAAAUUGCUUAAAGCAUUGAUGAUCAAAGUGACUGGACUGCGGAAACUAAGCAUAGAACAAUUACGAAUAACCAAAGGAAUCGUUUUAAUUGUACGCAACCUACUGAUAACCCAUGAAAAAAAGGCUGAAAUGCAAAGCAAAUCAGUUGACUACAACUUCUUUCUGGAAUACUUUCAUCUGGCGUACAAAAUAGGUAAGCACUUGAGUAUCAUUUUCAAAAGCGAAGAAAAAGAUGUUUUUAAGUUGAAAACUCUAGAUGUUUCAGUUGUGUGUUUUCAAUGCAUGUUCAAUAUCUUGCAGUGCUUAUCGGAGUCAUCGAAAAAGGAUUUAACUGAGUUUUCUAGCACUCUGGACUUAUUGAAUGAUAUCUUAGUUGAAAUGAAAUCUACUGGAGGUGUGUUCGAAAUUAAGCAGAUUGUCUUGCAAUUCAAGGAGUUUUGUAUGUCACCUGAAGGCCGAAGGGUAGUAGCGGACCACGAUUGUCUCAUGCUGAGGAAUUUGAUAACAGCACUUACGCGAUCUCUCAAGUUUGCUGUUGAUACAGACCUUGCGAAUCUGAAAGACACAUCGAAAGAUGAUUAUAACUUGGUAUCAACAUUAGCUCACACGUUGAUUUAUCUUUUUAACGAUGAAAAAAUUGGCAGCACCAUGUAUAGACUCGAAAGAGAUGGUGGAGAAAAGUGUGAAAGUAUGGAGGUAUUACUAUUUCUUGCUGCGUGUCAAAUGACAUUUAGUAUAGAUGCAUCCGAACUAGAAUCCAAAUGGGAAUGGGAUUUUGUUGCGAUUGGUUCAAUGUGUUUGGAUUUUUUUCAUUUGUACAAGGAAAGAUGCAUCUCUUUGCUGAAUCUCAAAACAUGGAACUCGAAUAGGGAAAGAGAGCUUAGUGUUGUACAUAGGAAGAUGAUUGCGGUUUUAGAUAUUAUCUCGAACCUACUACCUUAUGAACUUUUCAAAAAGACGUUAAAUUCCUACGAUUUUCUACAAGAAAUAAUAGAGUUUUUUAAAGUUGUUGAGUCAAACACAGAAAGAAAAAGGCUAAAAGAUUCCAGCGAAUUGGGACUUCACAAGAAAAGCUUUCCUCAUGCCAAGAUAAUUAUAGUGGAAAUAGUUACUUACUUGGUCCAUGGAGACUUCCACAACCAAGAGGUAGUGAGAGAGCACGAUGGGCUACAGUUAGUUUUGACCAAUUGCAACCUUGAUGUUAAUGAGCCGUUCAUAAGGGAGCGUUGUAUUUUGUGUUUGAAAUAUCUACUUGAGAACAAUCAGGGAAACCAAGCUUUUAUUGCAUCUUUAGAGGCUCAAAGGGUAGAGAUUGACAAGGAAAAGGAGAAAGUUCUUGAAAAAUGCGGUUACGAAGUGGACAUUGUAAAUGGGAAAGUACAACUUAAAACACAUCAGGGAGCGGAAACUCCUGGGACAGAGGAGAACAAGAUUGCAGAACUUUAACCAUUUGAAUGUGUAAGACUUGUAGAACAUGUAAAUAAUAGUAGAGCUACACGCUCUAAAAGAGAAAGAUAAAAAACUUCAGGCUGUGCGG